CCUGGCUAGGGAGGGUCGUCACAAGGUCACCCUGCAGAUCGCCCUGAGGAGCCAGUGCCCCCCUCGCAGGUGUCUGCACUCUGCUGCCUAAGCUGUUGCUGAGCACCAGGUUGAAGAGGCAGAGGUCCUCCCAGGAGCCCCCAGCCUCCCAACCUCGUCUUUUGUUCAAAGGUUUCUUCAGUGGAUGGAAUUAUUGGAUCCUACAAAUUUGGUCCUUUCAAUUGAAAAAAUAGAAAAAUCAAGGCAACUAUUGUUAACAAAUCAAGAUGCAUCCGUACACGACUUGGAGGACCAAGGGAUACAAGAAGCUUGGAAGAGAAGUCUCUCCACAGUGCAUCCUGACAGCAGCAAACUGAUCCCCGUUCCUUUUCGACCUGCAGCUUUCCUGCCUUUCACGGCGCCCAUGGUAUUUCUGUCACUGCUGUCAGUAAAAAGGCUGAAGUCCAUGAUUUUACCUCAGGUUUCCUUCUACACCUACACUACAGCAUUCAACAUCAUCAACGGAAACGCAAGUUACAAUCGGCAGUCACAUGAGAGUGUGUUACUAGGGACAGGAGUAAUCGCUUCUUCAACUUUUUUUGGAUUACUCCCUCAUUUCCUCCAAAUGAAGUUUUCACCGAGUAACAUUUUGAUGAGCAAAGCCCUUCCUGUCGUUUUUCUCACCCAACUCAGUGCAGUGAAUGUUAUUGCAUCCCGAAGUUUUGAGCCCACGCGAGGGAUUGAGGUCAUGGACAAGGAAGGCAAUGUCAUAGGCUAUUCCAGAAAAGCCGGGACAAAGGCUGUUAAAGAUACAGCAACAUCCAGAGUCGUGCUGUUUGGGACCUCAGCUUUUAUCCCUGAAGUCUUCUCAUAUUUUUUUAAAAGGACCCAGUUUUUCCAGCAAUAUCCGUGGUCGUUAUGGACCUUAAAGCUGUCUUGUACCAUCUUGGUAAUGGGACUCAUGGUGCCACUUUCUUUCAGUAUAUUCCCACAGAUUGGACGGAUACAGUGCAGUAUGCUUGAGAAGGAAAUUCAGUCUGCAACAGAAGAAACAGAGCUCUUCUAUAACAGAGGGGUGUAGGGGGGAGUUGAAGGUGAAUUUGUCUGGUUCCUGCUUGAAAACCCUCCUCUCACGUUUCAGUUUUGAGAACUCUGCCAGAGGUCUCCUGGAAACCCCAGAGCUGUCUGCGCCCACAGGAUGGCUUACACACAGCAGGACCAUUUCAAGGCCAGUCGUGCCUGGGAUUCUUAAGCCUGGGUGGAAGAGGGGAAAUGGGAAGCUGUCCUGUCUGACUCACCCCCACGGGGUUGCCGAGGGGAUGGGUGAUGUAAGAUUCAGUUUUCUGUUUGUUCGUCAGCCUGUGAAAGGAUACUGUGAAAUUACUAAUAAACUUGUCUAAAGUUGA